UCAUUAAAGGAGGAGGGGGAAUCAAGUCAGAAAAAAAGAAACUGCUGAAAAAAUAAGAUUGAACUGUUUGUCAUGGACAGAAGCGUAGAACGUGAGUUGGAGUGUCCCAUGUGUUUCGAAAUUCUCGGUGGUCAAAUAAUGGUGUGCAAAGAAGGACACAGUUUUUGCAGCCAGUGUAUUGUACAAGUACCGAACUGUCCCAUGUGUAAAGUGACUGUUACUCCGGAAACGAUCUUUAGGAAUUUGGAGAUGGAGAGUCGAAUACAGAACUUUAACAGCAACUGCAGCAGCAACGACAAAAAUAGCGACGACGACGACAACAACAACAUCAUGAAUAUGCAAGCAAUAUUGAAAUUUAAAACGUGGUGUUGCAACGGAUGCAAGGGUUCCCUAAGCCGCCCAAUCUACCUGCUGAAAAACGGUUACAACUACUGCGAGAGCUGCAGCUGCGAUUCCAAUGAGAGAGCCCGUAAUUAUUUGGCCGAAACACUGUUGGAACACAACGAAACGUCCCGUUCAACCGUCGCAACACUCGAACCCAAAUUCGAAGGGUUGCACGAGCCCGGUCUGAAAUGUUUGGAGUGUGAUUAUUACGCGGACGAACGUCGAACGUUGCAAACGCACAUUUUGAUAAGUCACAAGAGUUUGGUGAAACGGUUGCCCAAAGUGGUGCCCUGCUAUCUGCUGCGGGUGAACGAAGAGAUGGUGGGAUUGGGGAAACAAUUUCUAUACCACCAGUCCGUGUUGUUUUUGAUUUUGUAUAAGGUCGCCGAAAAAGACAGGCUCUUUGUUAACGUCAACGCGUACGUGGACGAUUACGUGAAGUACAUAAUAAAAAUAGGGCAUAAAUCGUUGACGUGCAACAACAUUAAACUGCCUGAAUUCGGAGUUUGUCUUACAAGGGACGAAUGUAAAAUACUAAGACACUCAGGAUAUAACGUUAAGAUCUCAUUUGUGUAAUUUGUUUUCGUUAAGUUAAUAAAUAAAAAUGUUUACGCUUUAAA